AAAAACAGCUGAUUAUCCUUUUUAUUUAAAAUGAUGAAAUGUGGCAUCUCAGUCGAGAUAAAUGUCAAAUAUGCGAAAAGUACAAAGAGGAAUAAGAAAAAAACCGUAUUUCCUUCCCGCGGAAACGGAAUUUUUAGCGCCAGCAACGUAUUGCAAUUUUAAAAGGAUGUCUAUCCAGCCGACGAAAAGGAGCCGUGCAUCGGGGGAGCAGUUAAGCGCGAUGCUUGACUUUCUGGGUGAAAAUCCGAAUGUGGCGAGCGGCAAGUUCCAGAAGCUCCAUGGCAAGUUGGAGAACACCAAGAAGGGGGGGGCUGCCAAAUCUGUGGAGCAAUGGCAAAAUGUAAGUAUAAGUGAUAAAGUACGAGCAUUUCCGGAAAUGCAUUACUGCAAAACAUCGCACCUCUUAUUCCAAAAAUAUGUUUGCUGA